CCGGGGCUUUGGAUCCUCAGUGCCCAGACCUACACGAGGUUAAUUAGAAUAUUAACUGGCUCCGCCCAGAAGCCUUCACCCUGCCCUCCGACCCUGGGGCCCAGCCUAAGGAGGCUCCCGGGGUCGAAGGCCAGAGCAAACUUGGGCCAUCGUCUUUUCGCCGCCCGAAUCCUCCGGGCCGCCCCAGGGGCAGGGCCAACCAGGGCUGCCCGCCCAACCCGGCCCGCCGCCUCCUCGGUCGUGGAAUUCGCCGGCAGCCCUUAGGCUGCGGGGACAGGUGACCGGACAGCAGCACCCCCUGCCUUGCACGCCCCUUUCGCGGAUCUGACCCGAGGGUUGAGCUGGGUAGCCGAGGGCAAUCGACACGCGAUUUCGACCUCUCCACCUUCUAAGAGAGGGUCAGUUGGGGGUCUUCCAUUCGUCCCUGACAAGAUUGGUGCGUUACCGGAGUUUGGCCGCCCCAUGUCCCGAAGCCGUUCUGGGACCCGGGUGCAGGCUAGGGCCUGAAUACUCUAACUCAUUUAUCAGCCCCACUUUCGGGGUGCAGGUGGGCCUUGCCCCCUUUUCCCUCGAAGGUCCUGGACGGAGAGGAGCCGUGCCCCAGAACUUCUCUCGGUGCCCAGAGGACUGUUUUACACGGAGCAGACGCCCAAUAUUGGAUUCAGUGGCAGUACUAGAGUCUGCGGCUUUUAUUUUAUGAAAGUCUUUAGCUUCUACUCUCUUCCUCCUUCUCCGUUCAUGAAACGGUGUACUCUCCCUUUAAGACUAAAAUGGUGGCUGGCUACGAUCAGGACUCCACUUCCGGUGGGGAGGGGGGCGGGACCCCAGCCCGCUCACGCCGGAAGUGGUUUGCGUUUUCAAGAUGGCGACUCCCUAUGUAACUGACGAGACCGGCGGCAAAUACAUUGCCUCAACACAACGACCCGACGGGACCUGGAGGAAGCAGCGGAGGGUGAAAGAAGGCUAUGUGCCCCAGGAGGAGGUCCCAGUGUAUGAGAACAAGUAUGUGAAGUUUUUCAAGAGUAAACCCGAACUGCCCCCAGGUCUGAGCCCCGAGGCCACUGCUCCUGCCACCCCAUCCAGGCCAGAAGGUGGCGAACCAGGCCUCUCCAAGACAGCCAAACGCAACCUGAAGCGGAAGGAGAAGCGGCGGCAGCAGCAAGAGAAAGGGGAGGCAGAGGCCUUAAGCCGGACUCUCGAUAAGGUGUCCCUGGGAGAGACUGCCCCACUCCCCAGCGCUCCGCAGGGCUCCCGGGCAGCCCCUGCAGCUGCCUCUGACCAGCCUGACUCAGCCGUCACCACCGAGAAGGCCAAGAAGAUAAAGAACCUAAAGAAGAAGCUUCGGCAGGUGGAAGAGCUGCAGCAACGGAUCCAGGCUGGGGAAAUCAGCCAACCCAGCAAAGAGCAGCUGGAGAAGCUAGCGCGGAGGAGGGCGCUAGAGGAGGAGCUCGAGGACUUGGAGCUGGGCCUGUGAGGCCUUUGGGGAGCAGGGAAUGGACUGCAGAAAAAACCAUGGGGCUCUCUGGGGUCCUGGGGAAUGUGGGCAGCAGCAGUCAGGGGGGUACCCCCUCCCUACUGACUCACUUCCACUUCUCGUGGCCCAACUCCGUCCUCCAGAGCCUAGCCUCGCCGUCAUUCCUUCCCUCUUCUUCCCAACUCCUAUUUUUUGGACUUUUCUCCCUCCCAUUCCCAGUGUUCAAAAUCUCAGUGAUUACCCCAGGUACCUUUGCUGCUGAUUUGGGUGUCUUGUUUAAAAGAAAAUUGGGCGGGUGGGAAUGUCUUAGAGAACUGAGGUUGAGGGUAGGGGGAGUACACUCAAGUCGGAGUCUUGGUUCCUGUUCACAGUGUUUAUGGGUUAUUUCCCCCGCCAUCCCUCACCGUUUUUUUUUUUUUUUUGGGGGGGGGGGGGCUUUUUUUUUUUUUUUUUUUUUGGUUUUUUUAA